AUGACAACCCGCCUAAAAGAACUGGGCUCCCAACAACCCCCAAUAUUCAGAAUAAACCUCUCCCACCCACCAGAAGAGCGCUACACAGCGCUCGCUCAUAUCUACAAAGACCGAAUGCGCUCAGUAACCAACAUAUUCGACGACGUGAUCCACAGCCUCUCUCCCAAAAUCCCAAAAAAACCAAUCCACUGGCUCGCCCGUCUCUUCCUGCACAGACUCUACACAGACGAAGAAACAGCCGAGAUCCGGGGCAUCAGUCGCGUGACCGGAAUCGACCUGUACCUCCUAAUCUGUCUAAAUGUGGUGCUAGAUCUCUUAAUGGGAUGCACAAGCGGCGGAGUACGUAUUCUCGACGGACUCUGGACGCGAAUGGUUCAUUUCCGAACAUUAGACUGGGGAAUGGACCCACUGCGCUCGCUGAUUGUACAGCUUGAAUUCGUGCGCGACGACGCGCCGGAUAAAGUGCUCGCGACGUGCAUCACGUACGUUGGGUUCGUGGGGGUGCUCACGGGUGUGCGGAAAGAUCUUAGCGUUUCGCUCAAUUUCCGGGCUGUGCAUGAUACACGGAGGAAUUGGGGGUUUUAUUUUAAUUAUUUGCUUGUUUUGCUUGGUUUGCGACAAUCCAUCACGUCGUUGCUAAGGCAGUGUGUUCUUCCCAGUGUGGAGGGAUCUAGAUCUACCAGACUUUCGAAUACUUCGACCAUUGAGGAGAUCCUGGAUGAAGUGCCUUGUUUGCGCACGACGGCUGCAUAUCUGAUCUUUUGUGAUGGGAGUAGCAUUGUUGCUAUGGAAAAGGACUAUGAGACUGCGUGUUGGCGACGGUCGAGUUCUUUCCUUAUCAAAACCAACCACGAUGAUUAUACUGUCUCGGUUAUGGAUGAAGCUAUUGCGAAUGAUAGAGGGUAUACGGGUCUGCGUGUGUCAGAUGGUAUGCAGAGCAUGGCUGAGAUUAUUGAGGAGAGUAAAGAGCGGCAGGCGUCGAUGCAGGGGAAAUGGGAUCGCAGGGUGCAGGACCAUGGGGUUUUCCAACAACAGCUUAAGAGGCGGAGGGUUAAGGAUGAUGCUCUUCCCCGUUCAAUGCGUUUGAAGUGGAAACGGAAUACGAAGAUGGGAUGGGAAGAUCCUGAGUCUGAAGUGUCCGUUACUCUUGGGACAGUGCUGGGGUGGCUCUGUUCGGACCCGAUUGUCAAUGAAGAUACUCAUUACGCAGUGUUGAUGGAUCCUGUCGAAGGCAGGUUCAUUUAUUCAGGGCAGUUUCCAGCUUCGGUAUCAUAA